CGAAAUUUCGAAGAGGAAGUGAUUUAUUUUGUUUUCGUUGCUGAUUGAACCCAUUUAGGGCCAUUAUUCCCGGCGGACAAUGGUUUUCCGCUCCAUUGUUGUGAUGAUGACUCAUUGUUAGGUAUCCUCCUAAAGGAAGAAAAAAACCCAGCAUCAUGGAGAAGUUCUAUGUUGUGCGAAAGGUUGACAGAGGUCAGCGCCCUGACCCCAACCAGAAUGUCAGACCAGCUGGACAGCCUCCUCCAACAAUUGGAUAUCCCCAACCAAUAGUUCCUCACUCGAUGCAUAUGCCGCCACCAUCUGGUGCUAAUCGCUCAUUCACGGAAGCUGUGACACCACAAGAUUACAUAAGAGUCGGUCCAAGGUCACCAAGUGUUGGGAAUCGUUCUUUCAAGGAGGCAGUCGCACCGGGAGAACAUACCCUUCGUAGGAGGCAGGUUCAGGAAGAUUAUUCCGGUUGGUACAAUGAUAGUCAUAACAAUCGCCCGCAUUCCACAAACAGUGUGACAAGCUCUGGAAGUGCACCGUACAGUGCAGAUGAUGAGAGGCGUCCACAUUCGAUCAAUGAGAGCACACCGCACAGCAGAAAUAACCGGAGUGAUAACAUGAGCCAUGCACCCUAUAAGUCCGUGAGUGUGCCGUACAACAGGGAGAUUGCUGAUAACCAUCCAGAUUCAAGUUGUGUCAGUGUGUCGUCCAAACCUACUCAUUCUAAAAACUUAGGUUCAAAUCCCCUAUCACAUCCAUCGGUAAAUGAGAAACACUUUUCCAAACCAACUGCACUAGAGAAAAUACCUAGAAGCUUCUCCGAUGAUAAUACGCUGAGGGAGAAAGCUUAUGCAAACAGUAAAACUUCAAGUUAUUCCCAUGAUUUGAAUAAAUCGUUUACUGAUGCUGUGAAAUCUGUUGACUGCAGUAAAAGUACUAGUUCCUCUAAUUCUAAACUUGCACGCUCAAACAUGUACAACAGUAUGCCUAGCUUGGUUGAAGACCCAAAGUACCAGAAUGUCCGAAAAAGCCAUGCUAGUGCUAGGAUUGAAAGUGGAACAGAUGUCGUGGAUAGUGGUAAAGUACGCAGUAAGCCCCCUGUCAUUCCAAAAGUGACAUUGGACGUUGGUCAUGGACCACUUAUGCAGAAGAUUAUGAUCUUAUGUGAUGGACUAAAGUUUGGUGAAUGCUCCGUUUUCAUCAACAGACUUUCUCAAGACACUUUGACUAGUAUGCUACCUGAGCUACCAAUACAGACACUGCUUGAUGCAAUUCCAAAAAGUCUUGGGACAUUACAUACGAUUUAUUCCAAAAUAUUGCCCCUGGAUGGUGGCGCAGCAUGUGCAGAGAAGUCAAACCCAAAAGAGGUUGACAUUAUUAAGAAGGCACUGCGACUUGAUGAAACAUUGCGUCUGAUUGUCAAAUUCUUUGCUUGUCAAGAAGAUCCGUUAGCGCAAGUGGAAAGAUCAGAAAGUGUGACAUUCCAUUGUAAAGGUGUCUUGAAAAUCAUCGCACAAAAUAAACAGCAGAUCAAACAGAAAUUGUACAAGAAAAAGAAGGCAUUGGAGCGUUGUUUAUCUGGUCUAGGUCAGCAUGGCCCUAUUCCAAUGCAAGAUGGCAAACUUGCCAGCCUUCAUGAUGCAUUGAAACAAGAGUUCACAAGGACAGUUCAUCAGUAUAAAAAUGCCAUGCUGAAGUUGGAAGAGAGUCCAGUGAUACAGAAAGCGACAAGUCGUACGAGCAUGAGCUCACUGUCGGAACAAAACAGUCAUCAACGUAUGCUACAGUGCAAUCAAUUAGAAGUAGAAAACAGAUUGAUCAAAAACAAGACACUUUUCAACGCUGUUGAACCAGUCAUCACCAACCAAUUCCUCUGCAGACUUAUUCAGCUUUUGGAAGAAAGAAUCACAUGCGACAAAGCAAUCCUGUUCCAUUUCACGGAGCUGAGAAAACAAAGCAAAGACGCGCCGCACUCUGCGCAAGUUGCUCCGUUCUUUCACCGCUAUUCAACGGCGUAUUCCCGUGUUUUGGAGAUCAUUCAGGAUGUCACACAUGAUGAGACCAAUUUUGAUGAGGUCAGCGACAGCGACUUGGAGAUGCUGGAAACGUGGAGUGGAUCAAGCAUCCGAAGCUUAAGGGAAAGAAACCCUUCAGCCUUAACAAUUGCAACGUCCAGUCCAUCCAGUCAGCAUCGUUCCAUCUCCAAGAUGCCGAAUGGACUCCUUACUCCAGACUACCAGUCUAAAGCGGGUAGUUUUGGUAAUUCUAAAGGCUACAUGCAGCUAGAGCCAUUAGAGGGGAGGGGUCGAAGCAGUGUCAAUGGAGCUGCAACGUUUGGUGGGAGUGACAGCAAUGUGCGGGACAUGACCUACUGCACGGACCACUUCCCUGGAUUCCCUGUGCUCGAGGAGGAAGCCAGCAAGGUCAAAGGUCUGGCGGAGGAGGUCGAAGGGUUGACGAAGGAAUUGAACAAGGCAAAGGAGACAAUUGCAAAGCUGGAGGAACGUGAGAAGAUGCUGAAAGAAAGAAUGACUGCCGAGGCGCAGAAAGGCAUCCAAAGUGGCACGCGCUUCGAGGAUUUGAAUCUUGGGGAAAACCGUCCCACACAACUUGUGCGCCGCUAUGGUAACCUGUAUUCACAGGUCCGCGUUGAUACCCUUGAUGCACUGGACUCAUUGGAUGAAGUAGCAGGGUUUGAUGAUCUGAAGGGGAAGCUGCUCUUCUCGGUGGUGGUGCUUGCAUUCCGAUCCGUCCAAGAGACAUUCAGUGAGUUGAAGACCAAGUUACAUUCGUUACUUCAGUUGCCAGAGCCAGGUGGUGCUAGUGGCCCGGACGAUACUUCGUGUGCUGAUAUGGAGAGAAGCAUCAUCAUCUACCUGAAGAAGACUGCGGAUCGGUUUGACCUGACCAAAAAUAUAUCGGAGGUGAGCGGUCAACUCUGGCAGACGUUAUAUGACUACCCAUCCUUGAAAUCCUGUCAACAAUUACACCAAUAUAUCGACGAGAGUGUUCGGCUCGCUUGGGCAUUGAGCGUACAGAAUCCCCCGCUGGUGAUAGACUAUGAUGCUGCAUUGUAUAAGCCAGAGUCACAUUCACGUUUCUAUCUCUCGGAACCGGACUCCACUGAGAUCAAGUCAAUGAUUUGGCCGGCACUUUUGGAGGGGGAGAAUGGCCCAUGUGUCUCAAAGGGAAUCGUUCUCACGUGAUGAUUAUGCAAGACAGCUACAACACCAUUGAGAGAGUGCAGUAACGUCUUCAUGAAUUGAGGAUUCUGUUGGAUAUUAUGUAGUGGAGAGGAAUCAAAAUAUGUUUAAGGGUCUUCAAGGUGAUCGGGACUUCUGUCUAAAAAAGCCUUAAGUGAGACAUUGAUGAGAUAAAAGGUUGAGAUUAUAAUCAUGAAAAGUAGUCUUUUUUCAUUAAGAUAGGUUGCAUUUUCUGGUGCUGGUCAUGUUGAAUCUUGGCAUUGUUUUUAUUAGGAAUUUACCUAGUAUAACUCUCUUCUUGGGCUCUUUAGAUCAAAUAACAAGAUUUCGAGGCCCUCUUCAAAUUGGCUCAAUAGCUGCACCUUGUAAAACAAACACUGGAACAAUAGAUGAAAGCAGCCAAUUCUGCUCUGUAUUUCAUUGGGUUGUGAACAAGAGUAUGGACAACUGUGACCUCUGUAUAUUUAUGAUUAUUUAUGUGAGUGCCAUAUCACUGCAUAAUCUGUAUAAAGUGAAUUCAGGCAUUUAAAAUGGCAUAUACUGCUUACAUAUCAGUUGAUCAGUGCGCUUUCUGUUUUUCUGGUACAUGACACAUAACAUGUGACAGUGUGCCCUCUUUGUAAACCUUGCGUUAUAGAGGUGACCCUAAUUAUACGCAACUCUGUCGGAGUCGGUAGCUACAUUAUAAACAAUCAUAUCAUAAUUACAUGCGUAAUCAUGUAUUGCUCAUCACUGCUGUGCUUUCUACACUUGUCAUGGGUGGUCCACUGAAUCAAAGUUUUUGUAGUUCUUUUAUGUGCAUUCUAUUUUCCUACACCUUGUAUACACCGUGUAAAAUAAGCAAAAUUAUCUCAGUCCUGCAAUUAUA